AUGUCUGCCCGAACUGCCUGCUUCACAACGGACGACGUGUUUCGCGAUGCCGACGCCGAUUUGUGUCUACUCUCCAGCGACAUGGUCAUCUUCCGUACCCACCGCUGCAUCCUCCGCACGGCAUCGCCCUUCUUCCGCGACAUGCUUUCCCUUCCUCAACCUCCGCAUUCGGGUCCGGCGGCUUUGCUUGACAGCUCGCUUAUCUCCAUGUCCGAAGACUCUCCAUCUAUCAGGCUCCUCCUCCAAUUCUGUUACCCGCGGACUUCAUGUCCAGAACCAACUCUCGACAAUACGGCGGACGUCCGUCGCGCGCUUGCCCUGGCGCACAAGUUCGACAUUGACGUCGUGCGAGAAGCGGCGGAACGCGCUCUCACGCGUCUCGCGAAGACCGCGCCGGUAUCCGCAUACGCUCUCGCAUGGGCAUACGAGCUUCCAAAUGCAGCACGGGCGUCAGCUCGAGCGUCGCUGUGCCUACCCGCACCGUAUCUAGGCGCGCCCGAAGCGCCCGAGCUUGAGAACCUACCGAUGGACGCGCUCGUGAGGCUAUCCAGAUACCACGAUGCAGUGGGUGCGGCGCUAAGGGAGCUUGCGGAUAGCAAGAGACCUGUGUUGUGGAUACCGCAUGAGGAGACAUUCUUGGCGGGGCCGGACGGCAUGAUGGCGGCGCCUGCACCGUGUCGACAUGACCUUACCGCUGUAAGCUUCGCCCAUGUCAGUCAAGAUGGACCCGUCGCAACUUGGGUGAAGGCAUGGUGGUGGGAGUUUGUAUGUGCGGCGGUGCAAGACAAGAGUGUAGCUUAUUCAUCAGAAGCGAUUGAGGGUGUCCUCAGGUCAUCUUUGCUCAAGGCUUUGCGGUCGGCUGCGCGAUGUGACUUCUGUGGGACGGCGAAUGUGGAGGAUGUUUUGGGUAGAACAACGGGACGGUUGAAGAAAGAGAUCGAGAGGCGCGUCUUGGAGGUGCCGCAUGAUUUGCCAUUCUGA